UUCAUAUAGUUUAUGAGUUUUUCAUUUGACUUUAUUGGAUGGGAUAAUGUACCUGUUUAUUUUAAUUAACAACCCUAUUGCGAUAGUCACAGGUGCUGUUAUCAACCUUUAUAUUCAUAUGGAGAGCAUCAUUGGAGAAACAGUUAUUCUCCCUUGUGAAAACAAACAAGGCAAUUUCAGUGGAGUUCAAUGGGCUCGUCGAGACAAAAAUACUAAAAUCUACUUUACAACUGUAUACACCGAUGGGUGGAGAGUUAAUACAGAUUUGCAGAUUUACGAGAGACUAAAGAUCGUUGGCGCGAGAGGUGGGAAAGAUUAUGGAUUACAAAUAUCAAGUGUAACAAUGUUGGAUUCUGGGUUAUACAGAUGUGCAGUGGAUACCAAAACUAAUCUGACUUAUCAUUUUGUUACUUUGGAAGUUAAGGAUAAAUACGAGGACCUGAGAACCGUUCAAUUUACGACGAACAUAGAUGAUAGUCGAGUUUUUUCAUCAGUUCCUAUUGUUUCCAUCCUCUCGAUUCCGUCAUUUAUAGUGGUCAUGUUAGCAUUGAUUGCAGCAAUUAGACUAUGUCAAACAAGACAUACGAACAAAGUAUUAUGUUUACCAGUGAACAAUCAACCGGUCGGUAUUGACGAAGUACAGCAAAGUGAAAAUCAUUAUGAUGAGAUCGAUUAUGAGGAGAUGUCUUGCGAAGUUCAAAACAAUUCUUUGAGUGAUACUUCAUCUUACCUGAUCCCCGUUUCAGGAAAUGUCGAAACAAUACUCUUGAAUGAGGAAAACUCUUUGACAGGGCCAUCACAGGAAAUCGACGGGAAUAGCCAAGCAAACGUUUCGGAACAUACCUACGACUAUUCCUACGUUAGCAAUCUUUAUCAACCACUCACUGAACAUUGGGGAAGUUACUGUCGUACGUAUGCACAAUGUCCACCAUGUCAACCUGUUAGUGGUUAUCACAACAUUGCUGACCCAAGUCAAAUUUGCAAUAUGUAUCAGCAUCUGUUGCCGAUAAGAGAAGACGCUAAACACGUCUAUAGCUAAAACAAAAUUAAUAUAUAAGAUGUACAUAUAAUACGAGGAGCAGAUUUUCGUUUACCUUCAUUUAGCUUUGUUAAAAUUUGAAGCACUCGAUAAUUAUGGCUGCAGGAUUAUUAUUAUUGAUAUUGUAAAUAUUGGUAUGUACUUUUCUGUUUUUAAAUAAACAAUCAUAUUUUCA